AUCUGUCACUUGUUACAGAUGUCCCUUAUUCAAGAAAAACCCAGGUGAUUCAUCACUUUAUAUUACUAUAUAUGUAUAUAUAUCUAUAUAAGACCAUGCAUGGAUGCCCUCCAUGCACUAGCUAGCCCUUCUCUGUCUGUUAGUGAUCAUGAAGAAUCCAAUGCGACUAUUCUCCGUCGUUUUCCUUCUCUUGCUGCUUGUGGCCACGGAGAUGGGGCCAAUAAUGGUUGCUGAGGCCAGGACAUGCGAGUCUCAGAGCCAUCGAUUUAAGGGUAUAUGCAUUCGGCACAGCAACUGCGCUACUAUUUGCCAAACUGAAGGCUUCCAUGGAGGACACUGCCGAGGGCUACGCCGUCGCUGCUUCUGCACUAAGCAUUGUUAGUCUAUAUAUAUAUAUGUAUAAUAUCAGAGUGAGAGGACUAGCAAAUCAUACGUUAUCCUCUUCACUAGGGUUUUGUGAGCUUCAGAAUAAGAUUAUGGUUCGUGCGUUUGUCA